UUGUUUUUCUUUUCUCAUUUGAUUGAUUAUUUUAGAUAAUGCAUAUAUAUCAUGUAUUGAAAAAAAAAAAAAAUUGGGGACAUGAGUAUUUAUUCUCUUGGCUUCCUUUGAGAACCCAAUUCACAAUCCUCUUUGUUCUUUUUCUUUAUUUAUUUGUUUUUUUUGUUCAUUGACCCACUUUCUUCUUAUCUUUGGUUUUUCCUUCCUCCAUAAAAGUCAAAGCCUUGUUCUGCUUUUCCUUGUGUGUAAUGACUAAUGAGUUCUGAUUCCUGUUUGAGAGUAUUUUUCUUUUCAGGUUUGGAAUCUUAGAAAAAUAUUAAAGAAGAUAUAAAGGAAGAAAGCAUCAUAGUGUGUGUGUGUGUGUGGAAGCAAAGUGGUGUUGUUGCUGGUGGCUAAAGCCAUGGAUUGGGAUUGGAAAGAGUUUGCUUGGGAUGCAUCUGAGUUGGACCCCUCUCACAAGAAUAGUAACAGUGAAGAAGCUUCUUCAGUUGAUUUGCGCCUGGCCGGUGAGGCCUCUGAUUUGGAAAAGAAAGAAGAAGAAUCAUCAAUAAGAACUGUGUCGUCUUCGUCAUCGUCGGCAAAGAGAUCCCGUUUGCAAAAUGGGCCACAGAAUUUGUCUUGUUUGGUUGAUGGAUGCAGCUUUGAUCUUAGUGAUUGCAGGGAGUAUCAUAGGCGUCACAGGGUCUGCGAGAAGCACUCCAAAACCCCGGUUGUGUUGGUUGGGGGAAAGCAGCAGAGGUUUUGCCAACAAUGCAGCAGGUUUCAUUCACUUGGGGAGUUUGAUGAGGUUAAGAGGAGUUGCCGGAAGCGUCUUGAUGGGCAUAAUAGGCGCCGGAGGAAACCUCAGCCGCCAUCUUUCCUCAUGAGUUCUGAGAAGUUCAUGUACAAUUACAAAGGACCUAGGAUCCUGCAUUUUGGUAACCCUCAACCAUAUGCAAACCCUAUUGUGAGAAACAUGUGGCCUGCUGCAUCCAUAUCCGGAGCCAAAGCUGAGUAUGAUCAUCACCGGUUUCUAUAUCGAAUCGACAAGCACAGGCAGGACAAGGAGCUUCUUCUCUGGCAAGAUAAUGUUCCAAAAUCAUUCAAUGAAUCCACAGCAAUGCCGGGAACUCCAAUCCACCAGCCUAUCUGUGGCAGCACCAUUGCCCCAUCAACAACUGCAAAGCUCGGCCUUAAGAAGCCGCUGCCUUCUGAUGGCAAACCUGGGUGUUUUGAUGCAGGUUGUGCUCUCUAUCUUCUGUCAACAAUACAAACACAAACACAGUCUCCGUCCUCAGGGACCGAGCAAUUCGAUGCUGCGGUUGAUAAGCCUGGUAGCCAUCAAGUAUUAGUUCUUGAUGCUAACACAACCAACCUUCAUUGCAAUGGGAUGCUGCAAAUGGGACAUGAUGGAUUGGUUGAAAAUGGUGACUCACUUGCACUUCCAUUUUUUUGGGAGUAGCUAAGGUUGAUGAGUGGUUACACCUUAUAUCUGUCUUCUUUGGGGGAAUUUUAAUGGAAUAUUUGGUAUUGGAAACAUAUACAUUUUUAUCUCUGUAAUCCAAUAACAAAGCUAGAACUUGUUGAAGCUUUUUGUUGGUUCCAGAAGAUUCUUACUGAGAUAACACUCUCAGUUGUUAUGAAACCAAUUUGAACUGGGGGUUCAUUUUUA